GCUCCACCUCAUCAGUGUGUCCAGUGUCUGACAGCAGCAGCUGCGGGACACCAACCAGCAACAAGCAGCUCUUUGAAUGAACUGUGACAAGGUGUUGUUCUUUCCCCCUCCCUCUGUCUUCUGUCUUCCGGGAACACUAAUAGGCUCCAUGCAGAGUAAUGUGACCAAUUGAAUCAUCCUCGCCCCGGAGCUGGAAGCUGCAGAUCGGAGGAGCAGAGAGCGCCGCGCUCAGUCUGGCUCCUACACCAGAAAACUCUGCUCAGGACUCUCUGGGAUUUUACAGCUGUCCUCUAAGGAACUAGUGUCUCUCCGUCCAUCUGCCUGCUCGGCAGACCUCAGACCAGCUCUCAGGUGGAAAGGUCAGAGGGCCCUGUUCAGCCCUGACUGCAGCUCCAGGAUCAUCCUCACCUUGACUCAACCUGCAACCAUGACAACCAAAUCCACCAGCAGUGUCCUGGGUGGGAAGGCUUCCUCCUCUCCUCUCUUGUCCUCUCCGCCACGCCAGCGCCUGGUCACCAAAGACGGACACUGUGCCCUCCGCCCCCCCUUGUGUCCCUCAGGCUCGUGGCGUGGGGCGUCAGGCAGGGCCUGGCUGCUGGCCCUGCAGGACCUCUGGGGACUGUUGGUGGGUCUGCGCUGGAGGUGGGUCCUGCUGGCCUUCUGUGCCUCCUUCCUGGCCCACUGGCUGCUGUUUGCCUGUCUCUGGUACCUGCUGGCCCACCUCAACGGAGAUCUGGCGGUACAGGAUCACGACGCCCCCCCCCAGGGGCACGUCGUUUGUGUGAAACACAUCACCAGCUUCACUGCCGCCUUUUCCUUCUCCCUGGAGACCCAGCUGACCAUCGGCUAUGGCACCAUGUUCCCCAGCGGGGACUGUCCCAGUGCCAUAGCUCUGCUGGCUGUGCAGAUGCUGCUGGGGCUGAUGCUGGAGGCGUUCAUCACAGGUGCUUUCGUAGCCAAGAUUGCUCGUCCCCAGAAGCGAGCAGGAGCCAUCCAGUUCAGCCCCCAGGCGGUGGUGGGCCAACACCAAGGCCAGACAUGCCUUAUGCUCCGAGCCACCAACCUGCUGCAGCGCCCUCUGGUGGACGUGAAGGUGAGUGCAGUGCUCUACGAGGAGCACGAGGGUCAGGCCCUCCACCAGACCUCCCUGGACUUCCACUUGGACAGUCUGGGCCAACAGCCCUGUCCCUUCUUCAUCUUCCCACUCACCUUUUACCACCCCUUGGAUCGCAGGAGCCCCCUUUACCCCGCCCUGUGCGAGGGCAUGUCCAACCACUUUGAGUUGGUGGUCUUCUUGUCGGCCCUGCAAGAGGGAACUGGGGACUCCUGUCAGAAGAGGACCUCCUACCUGCGCCAAGAAAUCCAGUUUGACCGUCGCUUUGUGCCGGCGCUGGGGCUGGAUGCUCGGGGGAGGUACAUGGUGAGCACGCAGCACUUUGACACCGCCCACUCCAAGGAGCCUUUGAACAAGGACUGUGUGGUGCAGAUCAAUGGAGACGGCAGCGACAGGAUGGAGUGAGGAUGCUGAAGGGGAGGUGUCAGAGGGACAGGUCGGGGUUUGUGGGGGAAACUGGAGGGUAACAGUGCAGCAGAUAUUUCUGUCAGGAGCUACUUGAUUUAAAUUCGUGAAUCUGAAGUUUAAACAUUUGAAAUUUAAAUGUAUAUCAGACAUGGGUGCUGCUGCAGACUCCCUCCCUCUGAGGCUCUAAUGCAACAUCCAGGUAAUAAUCCUUCACUGGCUUCACAGGCUCACUCAUCAGUACUGCCAGUAGUUUUGAUUGACAUGUUUGGCCAGUGGGGGCACUACUUCUUCUGGGAACUGAGUGUGAACAAAUACUCUUACAAAAUGGGUUUUAUUUUUGUCAUUCAGUUCUGUCGUUAGAACCAACUCAUCACAUCACAGACCUCAAACAUGGCUGAAUACGUCCAGACCAUCAGACAGGAAACAACCCUCCAGGUUAGACAAACUCAUUUCAACAGUGAAGUUAGAGUCUGUUGUAAACAUCUUGACACUUUACAGACUCACCCUUGACCUGCUGCACCUCUGUAGCUGUCUGUUGAACGCCCCGGCAGUCUGUAACUGUAAGACCUGAUGGAACCGACAACCUGAGCUGGAAAAAUAAAAUCCAAGUUGUAAUGAAACAGUUUCCGUUCAGUUUGAUCAAAAUAAAUGUGUAUUUCUUUAUUCUUACCUUUUGUGUAAGUGUUGGGCUGGACAGAUUUCGAGCUGAAAAUGUUUAGUUCAGUUUACAAUCAAUUUCAAAUUCAGUUCCAGUAAUUAACAUGUUUUCAUUAAUACUGAAUCAAAUGACUUUCUAACAUGAAAGCAGGAGUUUCUAGAGACAGACCCACAGAGGAUCAUCACCAGUUCUACACUCUUGUCUUUAGCUCAUUGAUUUACAGCAAGUCUCUCUCUCAUCAACCUCGUUUCCAGCAGCAAACAGCUGUUUCCUCCACCUGCUCGUCAGGCUCAGUUGGACUCAGUCAGAGAGCAGCUGGUGAACACAGUGGAGCAUCAGAUGUUUCCUCAGGAGCUGGUGGAGACCAAACGCAGAGCUAAAAAAGAGGGAACACUAACUCCACAUGCAUCAUCAUGUUGAUCUGAUUUGAUUAGUAGAUGAUAAUAUUUGAGAUCUGGUCUGUCAGCUUUUUUUUCCUGCUUCCAAGCGUCUGUACGAUAAAAGUGAACUUCCUCUUAAAGUCCCUGUGUUUAUAUGAACCUUUCAGCUAACAAUCGUCAGAAACAUGUUUAAAGAUGUUACACGGGGGGGGGGGGGGGGCACAGGACGGGACAAAAACCUCCCUCGACUUUAACCAUCUUAAGAUCUGACGUCCAGACAUCACAACAUCAACAUGUCAUCACAUCAACACAUCAUCACAUCAACCCAUCAACACAUCAUCACAUCAACCCAUCAACACAUCAUCACAUCAUCACAUCAACACAUCAACACAUCAUCACAUCAACCCAUCAACACAUCAUCACAUCAUCACAUCAACACAUCAUCACAUCGACACAUCAUCACAUCGACACAUCGACACAUCGUCACAUCGACACAUCGACACAUCGACACAUCGACACAUCAUCACAUCAUCACAUCGACACAUCAUCACAUCGAC